AUGGCAAACACAGUAGCAACGGCUAUCAUCCUCGUUGGCAACUAUUCAGAAGCAAGUGGUGAGGAAGUCCAACUCGACGGCAAGAGGAAAAGGGGAGAUAUACGGAGUACAACUAAGAUUUCGCAACUUCUCCCCGCCUUAGCGGAGAGCUGCCCUUCUACAGCAAAAGAUGGCACAUACAAGCCUGCAAUGGAGCUUAAGGUGUUUGGGCUGCGAGAAGCUCUGAGGGAUGAGAGGAUAUCGCCUAUCAAUACAAUAUAUUGGACGUUAUUGUUUUGGCCAAAGCCGUCUGAGUCCACUAUCACGCCGCUUCUUCCUGUCUCCAAGAUAGUCUUACCCCUUUUCUCUAUCCACCAUAGCCUCACAUCUCCUACCCUACAGUCACAGCGGUCGAGGCUCUUCGCUCUCGGUCGUAGAUCUGACUACCCUCCCUCUUCCCACGUCACUCCAAACCUCGAGCGAACCCCGGACGAGAACGAACCAUCAUUAUCUCUCAUCACUACAGAUCCUAUGGACUACGCUUCACCGGUUGAGCCGUGCUCUGGACAGCUAACUGAAUCCUUUUACUUCUCGCACCAUGUUCAGUUCAUGCGAUUGCCACGGUAUAGGUACUACCAUGCCGAGAUGGGUCGUUUCCCCCAUGCUAUGCAUCGUGGUCGCUGGUCAUUUCCUGGAAUCAUAGAUGGGCAAAACGAGCGUCUACUUAGCGCGAACCUUGAAAGUGCGGGCAAGGAGGCUUGCGACAUGCAUACAAACGGAGAAGCGUAUUGCUGGCGCUUGGGAGAGAAGAAGAAGAAGAAGAAGAAGAAGAAGAAGAAGAAGAAGAAGAAGAAGAAGAAGAAGAAGAAGAAGAAGAAGAAGAAGAAGAAGAAGAAACCGCUCCACCUUACUUCGCUAUCAUUGGCCGUGGGACUUUAUGUGCAAGUUGUUGGUUUCAAUUCUGGGCUUCAAGUAAUGUGGCUAACCAAUUUGCAAGGCAACGGUGCUUGGGUGGGAUUCACUGGGUUUUCAAAAGUUUCCGAAGGCAGAAUUGAAACAUAUGCUAUGGUUCUACUAGAGGGAACACCAAUGGUGAGUCCAGCAAGGAUGUGGAGCAGCGUUUGUAAGAGGAAAGAUGUUGAGCUCGCAGUUUCCUACGCGAAUAUCGGUGGGCGCUCCACUACCUACCUGAAUGGAACAACUCAGGCUGUGCUUUGCAACCUGAAGAAGUUCCUGCCGGGUUCCAAUGGAUUAUUUUGCUCUUCAGUAGUUAGAUCCAGGAGAAGAUGGGAGAGGGCCGAAGUAGACAUGUUCGACUGCGAUGUCACCGUCUCGAGAGUUGAAGCUGGUGUCAUUUUUGCUGGUAGUAUAGGCCUGAAAGGGUCUUUUUCCGGUAUCGACAACGUCGGUAAGACGGUACUGACAAUUCCCAUACCAAAGCUAGCAGAUGUACUUGGUCCACAAAGAGAGGCGGCUGGCCAACUUCUAUUUGGGUGGUCCGUAUUCUUAGCUUGCCGUAUUCCAACUGUCCUACUACUGAUGUGCGUCAAAGUUCAUCGUGCUCUCAGGCCUCCUCGCAUUGCAUUUAGGUCUCGCAGUGGUUGCUUUGUGAUAUUCCAACUCCGUAAUUAUUUCCGAGAAUUCGACUAUAAUUGCCGCUGGAAGGCUUGGUAUCUCUACGGUAUUCAUCCAUCGGCAAAGACUAGCACUGCAUCUGGUGAGCAAGCAAUCGUCCUAUAUAAAGCCAGAAUUGGCAGCCAGCUUAAGACCACUGCUCAGACAAAUUUAACAAUAGGUUGGUACAAACACUGGUGUCGAUUAACUUCCUAA